AUGAAUAUUUUAAUAUUCGCCUUCAUCUUGGCUUACGUAGCCACGACGCAUUGCUAUCCGUACUCAGCAUACCAACAAAUCGAUGAGAUUACCGUGAACCCUUUGGAUGCAGCCCCAGAGGGUACAGUAGCGUUAUUGCGCCUUAAACGUCACGGACACCGUCGUCAGCAUGGCGGUCAACCAUAUCCAUACGCCGGCCAGCAAUACCCAUAUGGCGGUCAGCAAUAUCCAUACGGCGGUGGAGGUGCCGGUAGCACUGCAUCGGCGACUGCAAAUGCAAUGUCUUUUAGUGGCGGCGGUGGUGGUGGAGGUGGCGGUCCCGCUGGCUAUGGCGGUGCGGGUGGCUAUGGCGUUCCCGCUGGCUAUGGUGGUGUGGGUGGCUAUGGAGUACCCGCUGGCUAUGGCGGUGCGGGUGGCUAUGGAAAUCCCGCUGGAUAUGGUGGUGUGGGUGGCUAUGGUGGCGCAGGGGGAUAUGGUGGCGGUGCUCCGAUUGGCUACGGUGGUGGCCUGGGUGGUCAAGGUGGUGGCUACGCGUCUGCCAACGCAGCUGCCACAGCAGAUGCAAAAACUUAUGGUUAA